UCUCUUCUCCUCUCCGCUGCCCAAAUCAAAUCCCUAAUUUAAACCAUCAAAUCACCUCAAGCUUCGGCUACAGCUCUUAUCAAGAACCCACAAGACAAAUCGCUGCGGCUUCUACCAAGAACCCACAAGCUACAGCCGACAGCUUCAAGGCUUCAAGCUCCAGCAGCCAUUGCUUCGGUAAGAAUAUCAAGCUACGAAAUCCUCUGUUGCCGCCGGAUUUUGGCCGUUUCAAGCUUCAAAGCUUGAAGCUCCAGCACCCGUUCUUCUCCAAUUUUCGUGCUACCAGCCUGCCACCACACUGAAGCUCAAGCACCAGCACUUCAAUUAAAGUCACAUACCUUUCCCCCAAAUUCUUUGCCCUAAUUCGUAAUCUUCAAGGCUUCUUCAUCUCUAUCGGCCAUCAAUCAUCAACUCCGCCCUGCCUGAACCGCCACUGGAACCCUACCGUUUUCUUCCAAUUGGGUUGUUUCUGCACACUGAUUUCUCACUUCAGCUGAAAUCUAUGAUUUUGAGGAACUAGCUUACGUGAUGUUGAAAACUGGAAAAUACUAAAUUCGAGUGUUCUCGUGAUGACCUUAAAAAUGCAAACGGAGCCACAGAUAUCCUUGGAUUGCAAUUCAUGCCUCCAUCCCGAGAAUCAUGUAAAAGAAGGAAUUCCUGGUUCAACCAUAUCCUUGCAAGACAAAAAUGCCUCAACUCUGCCAGUAAAAAGGCCAACACGACAAUGGGCUGCUUGGACCCAUCAAGAGGAAGAAAGUUUUUUCUCUGCUCUUCGACAAGUGGGCAAGAACUUCGAAAAAAUAACUUGUCGUGUUCAGAGUAAAAACAAGGAUCAGGUCAGGCAUUAUUACUAUCGCCUUGUAAGGCGUAUGAACAAAUUGCUGGGUCCAGAACUUUGCCUUGAUGCCAAAAACUCUAAGGAUACCAAUGCUGCAAUGCUUCGAUGGUGGUCUUUACUUGAGAAGUACAGCUGCAAAGCAUCAAAGCUUCACCUGAAACCCCGAAGAUUCAAGUUGUUUGUAGAGACUUUGGAAACCCAACUCUUGAAAGAUAGGAAGAAGAAUGUCAGAAAGAGAGCUUCUCAGGGAGAAAACAGUUCUAUAACUGCUCCAACUGGCCUCCCAAACCAGGGUAAAGUUUCAUGCCAUGAAAGCCGCGUGGUCAAAGACGUUCUUAUAGAUGGUCAAAACAUUCCAAAACCUGGAAUUGGGAAAGGAUCCUCUAUACACCGCCAUCUAAAUGUAGGCAUCAACAGAGGCAACUAUAAAUCAGGCCCCUCUGCUCUUAAGACAGCUAGGUAUCAGCGCAAAGCAGGUGCUACAUCAAAAGCUGCCUAUAAAAGAUGGGAGAAGGCUGCGAUUGCCGGGGUUUCUUUGGUUGCUGAUGCUGCUGAACAUUUAGAGAGAACUGCCACAGAUAGAGAGGUUGAACAUGUCGAGGAUGCUCAUGUGCAAAAUGCUUUUGACUACUGUGGAAAAGACAUGCCCUCAAUCCUGAACAAUAUGCAGAGUUCAAUGAAACUUAAGCUCCAGCUAUUCCCCGUUGAUGAAGCUACCCGACGAGCCUUGGAAAUGGAUAAACAUAAUCCAUACCUGGAGCUGACUUUGAGUACACGAAAGAAGAUAUCUUCUGUACUGGAACAUCUUAAUCGCAAAUGGGGUCAGUCAAGCAUAGCAUCUGGAGAACUAAUGCUCUUGCCAUACUUUGUACAACAAGCGAACCAAGUUAGCUGUCCCAAAUGGGCUAAAGAUUCAGUUCUUAGUGCUUCAGAUGUAUAUGCGCAAAUUGGAAACCCUCCAGUUUUCCGCCUCAGAUAUGGUUGGUUUCCUCAUGCUGAUCCUGGAUCUGCAACAUCUCUUGCAUCAUUAUCAUGCCCUACUCAGCACCAUACGGAGACAUCUAUUGUGAAUGAGCAGAUUGUGGAUACAACACCAAAAUCGAGUCCACCUACUUAUCAGGAAGCAGAGAACCUUUUAGGUAUCCAUGAAGGCUUGCUGUCUGCUGCAAAAAUGACCACCUUGACUCCUUCAAGAUUGCCCAAUCAUACCAUUGGUUGUGCUGGCAUAGGUCCAGAUGUGAAUACAGUCAAAUCCUCUAAUCAUACUGCAGCACAUGUAUUGAACAGAAGAGAGAGUACAACUGACACAGUCGUGGUACAAGAGGAAAAUCUGGAUGACUUGAGGCCACACAAGACUGUUGCUUUGUCAGCUGGGGAGUGGGCUGAUAGCCUAACCAACAUAAGCAUUGGGGAUCUGCUCACUGAGGCAUCUCACAAUGGAGAAGUAAAUUGCAUUGAUUCAACAGAAUUAAGGAACUCUCACUGCCUUCAGCAGAUUCCAUUUAGCUGUGACUCCUUUGAUGCUGCAAUUGCUGCUCAUAUAUAUAAACAUCAAAGCCGAUCUGCUUUGCAGCCACCUCUUCACACUAAUACAUCCUCUAUAUGGGAUGGUGAAGAAACAUGUGAUGCUUUUGUGUUUCAGAAGAACAGUGUUUUCUCUGAAGAAUUUCAAAAUGCAUCAAGAAUUUCUCCUCCAGAGACAUCCAGAGAGAUUACCAGUACAAGUUCGGCUGCAUCUGGUAAAGCACAGGAGUCUGAUCCUGAGGAACCCUUACCUGAUGAUCCCAUGCAUGGAGACAUUGUGGAUAAGUGUCAUGCCGAUCAACAUUCUUUUGAUGACUCUCAGAGGGAUCUCAAUGGGCUUACUGACAUUUACUGGCCUGAUUCUUUAGGCGCACUAGAUUUGGACAUAUCUUCCUGUAGAUAUCGUAGUGAUGAUCUGAUUUUAAGUGAUAGUCUUGGUGGCUUGAACCGCCUCAUAGCUAGCAGUCUGGAUGCAUUCCAGAGUUGCUCCUUUUUUGGGUCGGACAAGAAAGAGUCUGCAUCGGCUGUUGAAGCUGGAGAGAUUGCUUCCGACCACAAAAUCAGCACUCAAGUUUGAAAUGUGACCAAACUCUGAAGAAAAGUCUAGCAGGGGAAGUGGGUAAGCCUCCUUUUGGUCCAAAACACCAGGAUGAAUAUUUUCCCUGGUUCAACUGACAGAAGUAUAUAGUAGUAGAGAAUUCUGACAUGCAUGAUGGAGUUUAUUCAAAUGAAACUGUUCCAGAUGCAAACGGCGGAAAGUUUGAGUCGCUUCCUGACUUGUUAUAUAUUUUUUUUUUUUGUUAAUAUAAGCAUGUACAUUUUGUUCUUUCAUCUCCUUUUGUGCAGAAAUACGGUAAUUUUAAUCUAUUUGCUUUUCUUAAUUAAUCAAAGAGUUAUAUUAGGAAAUUGUA